UGGGCCACCUGUGCCCCUCUGUCACAAGACCACAGACAAUAUUUAAAAUUACACCAUGUAUACAAGAAUCUGUUCCCUGUUUCUACCAUGUCUACAAUGUUUGUAAUUAAUUGAAAGAAGAAGAAAUAUCCUAACAACAAUAUACAAAUCUUUGAUAAAAAUGGCAAUCUAUAUUUUUAAUUCAUGUUUUGUGAAUAAACAUAAACUUUGAGAGAGUGUCUUAGUUGCAGGCAAGGAGUUAGUCCAGAUAAGAGAGGAUCCAUAAGUUGGUCCUUUGUCACACAGUUUCCAGUUCAGAAUACAGACUGAAGGAAGUUUGGGUCUGGCAACUGAUCCAUGCUGACAGAGCUGAGUACAGGACAGAGUACAGCGAUGUUUGACAACGAGGACUGGAAUGUGGAUGGCGAGGCGGCCCAUCUUGCUUCUUCUCUGUUUGACCCUGUCACACCAACUCCUCCCAGAAAUAAGAAAAAGAAGUCGAAGCAUUCUGAUCCAAACUUGACAAACACCAGUGACACAAAGUCUCCUGCGAAGAGAAAACAUGCUGACGAAACCAGUCCUACUCCGAAGAAGAAAAAGAAAAACAAGGACAGUGAGGAGAGAAAUACAAACGUUACACCAGUAGUAGCAAAAUCUGGAAAACAAAACCUUCACAAGGACAGUGAUUCAGUGAGCAAGAAGAAGAAGAAAAUGUCGGUAUCUCCAGAAAGUGCUGGGGAUAUCAGCAGCGAGGGAAAAGUUAAAAAGAAAAAGAAGAAAAAGAAACAAAUUGUGUCUCAUUCACAAGAAAAUGUUGCAAAACCUGAUCAGUCUGAAAAUUCCCAAGGUGACAAGAAAAAGAAAUUAAAAAGGAAAAAAAUAAGUGGAGAAAAAGACAAAGAUGAUGAGUCAGCAUCUAAGAAGCUGAACGUUCAAGAAACCCAGGGACGGGAUGAAAGUAGAGUUGAGGGUGAUACCCCUCUGACUAGGAAGGAAAGAAGACACAAGCAUAAGAAGAAGACAUGUAAGAAGAACAAAUAUAAACAUCUAGCUGAUGCUAGUAAAAUAUCGGACAGCACUGAUGGGAGCACAAGCAGUGUGGCUGUAGCUUCAAACCCAGAUGUGAAAGGCCAAUUUGUUUUGUUAAAGAAAAACACGGAUGAUAGUGGCGAAACUAAGCCAGGACAAUCUUUAGAUAGAAAGAAGAAAAAGAAACGCAAGAAGAAUUUAGUGGUUUCUGAUCAUCCAAGUCCACAGGUGAAAAAUAACAAAGUGAAUAUGAAUGUCUCUACACUUAGUGAAAAUAGAACUGAUGAGAAUUCAGAAGAUAAUGUUUUUGAAAAAAGUGCUGGUGGAAAGAAGCGGAAAAAAAAGUCAAAACCUGAGAGUGAUGUUUCUGGGAAUGUGACGAAGUUGAAGACUCCCAAGAAACACAGUUUCGAUUUGGAGAAAUUGAAAGAAAUCAUUUCCUCUGAUAAGAAACAGUAUGUGAAGAAAUUAACUUCUGGUAAUGGACAAAAAGAAAAGAGAAAAUCAGUGGAGGUUACAGAAACACCUAAGAAGGUGAUUAAAAAGAAAGGUUUUACAAACGGUACUUCAACUGAUACUAGUGACACCUCAAGCAGUCCCACGAAAAUAAAAACUCCCCCAAAAGAAAAUUUCGAUGUGAAGAAAUUGAAAGAAAUUAUGUCCUCUGAGAAGAAAAAGAUGGACACUCUGAAGCAGGAUCUCGAGAAGAAAGUGAAUAGGAGAGGCAGGAACCAAGGGAAGUCUUUAACAGACAGGAUGCAUGAACGCCUGUCCGCUGCGCGCUUCCGCUAUCUCAAUGAGCAGAUGUACACCACAACGGGCACCGAGGCGGCGCAGCUGUUUGCUGAUGAUGAGGAGGCCUUCCAUGUAUAUCACGAAGGUUAUAGGUCACAGGUCAGCAAGUGGCCAAUUGAUCCACUGGACAUCAUCAUCAACGAGAUCAACGCCAGGCAUAAAACCCCAAAGACUGUCAUUGCAGAUUUAGGAUGUGGAAGUGCAAGACUGGCUCAAAGUAUCUCUGGGGUCAAAGUUCAUUCGUUUGACCUUGUCUCAGUCAAUGAAAGAGUCACUGCAUGUGAUAUGUCAAAGGUGCCCCUAGAUGCCGGGUGUGUGGAUGUAGCUGUGUUCUGUCUGUCACUGAUGGUUCUAUCUAUGUUGUAUAUGCAGGUGCCCCUAGAUGCCGGGUGUGUGGAUGUAGCUGUGUUCUGUCAGUCACUGAUGGUUCUAUCUAUGUUGUAUAUGCAGGUGCCCCUAGAUGCCGGGUGUGUGGAUGUAGCUGUGUUCUGUCAGUCACUGAUGGUUCUAACUAUGUUGUAUAUGCAGGUGCCCCUAGAUGCCGGGUGUGUGGAUGUAGCUGUGUUCUGUCUGUCACUGAUGGUUCUAACUAUGUUGUAUCUGCAGGUGCCCCUAGAUGCCGGGUGUGUGGAUGUAGCUGUGUUCUGUCUGUCACUGAUGGUUCUAACUAUGUUGUAUAUGCAGGUGCCCCUAGAUGCCGGGUGUGUGGAUGUAGCUGUGUUCUGUCAGUCACUGAUGGUUCCAACUAUGUUGUAUAUGCAGGUGCCCCUAGAUGCCGGGUGUGUGGAUGUAGCUGUGUUCUGUCUGUCACUGAUGGUUCUAACUAUGUUGUAUAUGCAGGUGCCCCUAGAUGCCGGGUGUGUGGAUGUAGCUGUGUUCUGUCUGUCACUGAUGGUUCUAACUAUGUUGUAUAUGCAGGUGCCCCUAGAUGCCGGGUGUGUGGAUGUAGCUGUGUUCUGUCUGUCACUGAUGGUUCUAACUAUGUUGUAUAUGCAGGUGCCCCUAGAUGCCGGGUGUGUGGAUGUAGCUGUGUUCUGUCAGUCACUGAUGGUUCUAACUAUGUUGUAUAUGCAGGUGCCCCUAGAUGCCGGGUGUGUGGAUGUAGCUGUGUUCUGUCAGUCACUGAUGGUUCUAACUAUGUUGUAUAUGCAGGUGCCCCUAGAUGCCGGGUGUGUGGAUGUAGCUGUGUUCUGUCUGUCACUGAUGGUUCUAACUAUGUUGUAUAUGCAGGUGCCCCUAGAUGCCGGGUGUGUGGAUGUAGCUGUGUUCUGUCAGUCACUGAUGGUUCUAACUAUGUUGUAUAUGCAGGUGCCCCUAGAUGCCGGGUGUGUGGAUGUAGCUGUGUUCUGUCAGUCACUGAUGGUUCUAACUAUGUUGUAUAUGCAGGUGCCCCUAGAUGCCGGGUGUGUGGAUGUAGCUGUGUUCUGUCUGUCACUGAUGGUUCUAACUAUGUUGUAUAUGCAGGUGCCCCUAGAUGCCGGGUGUGUGGAUGUAGCUGUGUUCUGUCAGUCACUGAUGGUUCUAACUAUGUUGUAUAUGCAGGUGCCCCUAGAUGCCGGGUGUGUGGAUGUAGCUGUGUUCUGUCUGUCACUGAUGGUUCUAACUAUGUUGUAUAUGCAGGUGCCCCUAGAUGCCGGGUGUGUGGAUGUAGCUGUGUUCUGUCAGUCACUGAUGGUUCUAACUAUGUUGUAUAUGCAGGUGCCCCUAGAUGCCGGGUGUGUGGAUGUAGCUGUGUUCUGUCAGUCACUGAUGGUUCUAACUAUGUUGUAUAUGCAGGUGCCCCUAGAUGCCGGGUGUGUGGAUGUAGCUGUGUUCUGUCUGUCACUGAUGGUUCUAACUAUGUUGUAUAUGCAGGUGCCCCUAGAUGCCGGGUGUGUGGAUGUAGCUGUGUUCUGUCUGUCACUGAUGGUUCUAACUAUGUUGUAUAUGCAGGUGCCCCUAGAUGCCGGGUGUGUGGAUGUAGCUGUGUUCUGUCAGUCACUGAUGGUUCUAACUAUGUUGUAUAUGCAGGUGCCCCUAGAUGCCGGGUGUGUGGAUGUAGCUGUGUUCUGUCAGUCACUGAUGGUUCUAACUAUGUUGUAUAUGCAGGUGCCCCUAGAUGCCGGGUGUGUGGAUGUAGCUGUGUUCUGUCAGUCACUGAUGGUUCUAACUAUGUUGUAUAUGCAGGUGCCCCUAGAUGCCGGGUGUGUCGAUGUAGCUGUGUUCUGUCUGUCACUGAUGGGUCUAACUAUGUUGUAUAUGCAGGUGCCCCUAGAUGCCGGGUGUGUGGAUGUAGCUGUGUUCUGUCAGUCACUGAUGGUUCUAACUAUGUUGUAUAUGCAGGUGCCCCUAGAUGCCGGGUGUGUGGAUGUAGCUGUGUUCUGUCUGUCACUGAUGGGCACAAAUCUUGUAGACUACCUUCUGGAAGCAAACAGGAUUCUCAAAAAAGGGGGUGUAAUGAUGAUUGCUGAAGUUGAGAGUCGUUUUCAGAAAGUUGGUGCUUUCAUAUUAAAAGUUGAGAAACUUGGAUUUGAAAUUGUCAACAAGGACACCUCAAACAAGAUGUUCUAUCUGUUCCACUUCAAGAAGGUGCGUGGUAUGAAGGAAGCCCCUCUCAACUCAAGCAUUGAACUGGACCCCUGUAUCUACAAGAAGCGAUAACCAAGAAAGCGGUGACCUAGACAUGUACCUUCAAGAAGGCGAUUUUCUGGACACAUAUGUUUCUACAAGAAACAGUUACCUGGAUCCAUUUACCUUCAAGAAGCAAUGACCAAGAUCCAUGUACCUUCAAGAAGCAGUGACCAAGAUCCAUGUACCUUCAAGAAGCAGUGACCAAGAUCCAUGUACCUUCAAGAAGCAGUGACCAAGAUCCAUGUACCUUCAAGAAGCAAUAACCUAGACACAGUUACUUUCAAGAAGCAAUGACCUACACAUGUACCUUCAAGAAGCGAUGACCUAGACACAUGUACCUUCAAGAAGCGAUGACCUAGACACAUGUACCUUCAAGAAGCGAUGACCUAGAUCCUUGUACUUUCAAGAAGCGAUGACCUAGAGCCUUGUACCUGCAUCUUGAUACAUUAUAAACAUCUAUUAAUUAUUCAGUUGCUUCUGUGAAUUAUGAAAUCAAACUUUUUAACUUACGAUGCUGUUGUCCCCGUUACUCCAGCUAAGAACUUUAUGCAUUUUGAUACAAAUGUUAUGGCUUAAAUAUUGAACAGUCUUGCAAUGCUCUUCACAUGUGAUCUCAUGGUGUGAUGCAUUGCAUGUCCAUCCGUUGUGUAACAUUUUUACAUCUCCUCUAAACCACAUGGCCAAAUAUUCCAGCUAUUGUGUCAAGAAAUUCUCAUAGAAUUCUGAUUCAAUUUUAAACAGCAGCCAUAAGAACAAUAUUAACCUAUUGCUCAUUAUGCAGUUUAAAGUUAUGGAAUUAUGAAAAAGUGUGUAAUGACAAUUGAUAUGUUGUAUAUAUAUAUGAUAUAUAUAUAUAU